CUGUGCUGACCAUAGAUUAGACACACCGGUUUAUUUUUCAAAUAAACUUUAAUUAAUACUAUAAUUUUAAAUUAAAGUUGGGCUAUUAAACUUGGUGACACUCAAAGCACGCAAGGCAACGCUCUGCAGCUGAUUUUUUCUUUGAAGGAAUAUCAACAACACAACCACUAAAAUGAGAAAUUAUUUAACAAUUCGAAGACUGGCGACAAAACCCAUAUUAGCACAAGAACCAUUUCGCAAAUGGAAGAGUGUGGUUGGUCUAGAAGUCCAUGCCCAAAUUGCCAGCACUUCCAAAUUGUUUUCAGGCAGCGGCACAUCCUUCGGAGCCCCAUUGAACACAUCUGUGGCUCCCUUUGAUGCUUCCAUUCCGGGUACACUACCGGUACUUAAUCGGAAAUGCGUUGAGUCGGGCAUAAAAACUGCUUUGGCCCUGGGAUGUCAAGUGAACGAAGUAUCCAUGUUUGAUCGCAAACAUUAUUUCUAUGCAGAUUUGCCAAAUGGCUACCAAAUCACACAACAGCGAGCUGCCUUGGCCAACAAUGGGCUAAUGACUUUUCCCGUCAUCACACCUGGUCAGAAGCUAUACUACAAGUCCGUCAAACUUUUGCAAUUGCAAUUGGAACAAGACAGUGGCAAAUCGUUACACGACGACCAUUUAAAGCGAAGUCUAGUUGACUUAAAUCGUGCCGGCCUUCCCUUGAUGGAAUUGGUAUUUGCCCCGGAUUUGGAAACCGGUGAAGAAGCUGCCUCAUUAGUUAAGGAACUGAUGCUAAUACUACGACGCUUACAAACCUGCAGUUGUAAAAUGGAGGAGGGUGCUUUGCGUGUAGACGCUAAUAUAUCUAUUAAUCAAGAAGGUGAUCCUUUGGGUGUACGUACUGAAGUCAAGAAUAUUGGCUCUGUGCGCAGCAUUUCCCAAGCAAUCACCUUUGAGAUAAAUCGCCAGCUUGACAUAGUAUCGAAGGGUGGUAGGAUAACCAACGAGACUCGCUCUUGGGACGCCGAAAAGCGAUGCACGGUGGCUAUGCGUGAUAAAGAGGUAUUGCAGGAUUAUCGAUUUAUGCCCGAACCGAACUUGCCACCUCUGCAUCUAAAUUUAAAACCAGGAUCCAGGUCAACUAGUGAAUUGCUGUCGGUAGCUGAACUAAGUGAAGAAAUUCCCGAACUGCCGGAGCACACUCGUCAACGGUUAGUUGAGUUCAACAAGCUCAAUGCGGAAACGGCCAUUAUAUUGGUGAAUGAACCCAUUUUGUUGGAACAUUUUAUGUACAUCUCUAAGAGCCUUAAAAAUCUGCCAACUAAAAUAAUAACCAAUUUUCUUAUUAACGAUUUACUUACCUAUUGCAACAAAUUAAAUUUAAAUUUGGAUGAUUGCACCAUAAGUUCUGCAAAUUUGAGUGAUAUUCUCAAUUGUUUGCAUCUGGAAGAAAUUAAUCUUCAAGCAGCCAGACAACUGAUUGAUCUGCUACAUAAAAAUCCCAAUGAAAGUGUUGCUAAUCUAAUUGAUCAACAUAAAUUGCAACAAAUUAGUAAUGUACAUGAAAUCGAGACCUUUUGCCGUCAAGCCAUUGCCAACCAACCGAAGGCGGUUCAGCAAUACAAAAAAGGCAAGGCAAAAGCUCUGUUUGCCAUUGUCGGGGAAGUGGCCAAGAUAUCGGAACAAAAGGCAAAUAUGAAAAUUGUUGUCGAUUGUCUGGAGAAUUUGCUUAAGACUACUGCCCAGAAAUGAAAAACUGUUGCUACAUAAGUAUUUAAGAUGUGAGUUGAUUUCUUUUGUUUCCAAUUAUUAUUUUAAUAUAGUAGAUAUGUAUUUGUAGAAUUUGUAUAUAGGAAUUUAGAUAUGCUAAGGAUAUUUUGUUGAAUUGCCUUGUGCCGACUAGUUGUGUUCAAUAUCAAUAUAAAUAUGUACUUAUAAA